AUGUCGGCGACAGAGGUCGACAGCAGUAUUGAGGUGUAUACCGCUAGUCAGGGCGGCGAGCCACCUUCGAAUCCCAAAACGAUAGUGGAACACUCGACAACCACGCCUCGGACUCAGUCGCAUCCUUCCGAACUCGCGACGAAAAAUCUCCUGUGCACGUCUUGCAAGGACGCCGUCGCGGCCUGUUCUGCCCUACAGAGCCACGAGAAGCCUCCUCGGGGCAAGUCUCGCCUUUGCUCUUAUGCCGAUCGCAAGGCUCUGGAGUCGUCUGCGACGAUGUGUCCGUCCCAGGCCUCUAACACACAAUCGUGCCAUCUGUGUUCCCUCAUCUUGGGCAGGAUCCGUCAAGCAGAGUUUUGGCGGCAGCCGCCUGAGGAUCUCCCUCCCCCUCCUGAACCUAUCAACGUAUACUUCACAGUCGGGCGCACAGGUGGGACUACGUUGGAGAUCGAGGUAGGAGAGAGCGACAGGCAGCGCAGCGUGGGUUAUCUCGUGGUCGUUCCAGCAGACCAUGAAGAGGCCAUGUCAGUGUCUGACACUCCCGACAAUCCUUUCUUCAAGUUCUCUGCCACCAGCCCCAAAGGUACUACGGGCGUCCGCAGGAGUGCCCGCCUCGCGAAGUCGCUUGCGUCAGAAGCAUCAUUCUCUCUGGCUCGAGAAUGGUUAACGCAAUGUCUUGAAAGUCAUGCCGAGUGCACUGAGGCAGCAAGACUAGCGGUGGGACGUCCUUACAGGCUGGUCGACGUCGGAAACGACAACAGUGUAGACCCGAAGAUCAUCGUCAUGGAUUUCUCAAGACCGGUGCCUCCAUACCUCACGCUGAGCCAUUGCUGGGGCGGUGCAAAAAUCCUCCGGCUUCUCCUGGGGAAUAUCGACAUCUUGAGGAAGGGGAUUCCGAUGCACGAGCUACCGAAGACUUUCCAAGAUGCCGUCGUCAUCACCAGGCGCCUGGGAUACCAGUACAUCUGGAUGGACUCCCUCUGCAUCAUCCAGGACUCCCCGUCCGACUGGAAAACCAACGCAGCCAUCAUGGGCGAGAUCUACGCCGGGUCGGUCUGCACAGUAGCCGCACUCACCGCGCGCAACGCCUACGACGGCGGGUGCUUCUUCGAACAAGCCCGCAGCCCCCUUUCCUACCGCCACUGUCAGCUCUCUCCCCACUGGACGGUGAAGCGAAACUCCUACCUCGCACCAGACAUGAGGCUGCGCCCGUCGUGGUCGCCGCUGGAGCCGUUUCCGCUGCACACGCGCGCGUGGGUCGUGCAGGAGCGGCUGCUCGCCCCACGCACGCUCUACUACGGGGCGACGGGGCUCGCGUGGGAGUGUGCGGAGUGUUCGGCGACGGAGAACGUCCCGCACGGGGAGGUGGCGGAGUUCUCGCCCAAGGCGUCCUUCUUCGAGAUCAUGCGCCAGCUUAGGCCCGCUGUCCAGGAGGAGGAGCGCGGCCCCGACCCGGAACUGCAAGAGAAAGUGCAUGCGUUGUGGCUGACCAUCCUCGCUGCGUACGGCCGGUGCUCCCUGACGAGGUUCGACGACCGGCUCGUGGCUGUCUCCGGUGUGCUCAGACGUGUCGAGGCGACGACCGGGUGGCGGAGUAUGUGGGGCAUCUGGAGGGAUAGCGUGCUGGUCGAUCUGCUGUGGUUGGUCGACAGACCGAGUGUGAGGCCCCCAACCUCGGACUACCUAGCGCCGACGUGGUCCUGGGCCGGGCUAGAAGGGGCCGUGUUCAUGGCGGUCGGGGAUGGGAAGGGAUGCGAGUGGGCUGCCGAGGUAGUCGAAGACGGGGUGCUCCAAGACGGCCGCGGAUACGUGAAACUCAAGGCCAUGGCGAGGCAGAUGACUCUUACUGCCUAAGGGAAACUGUAUCCAGCCUCUGACGCUCCGCAACCCCGCUGGGCCGAAGUGAGUUGGGAUCCAGAUGAGCGGCUGGAGACCAGGUGGACCACCGAUGCAUCUCCCGAGUUGAGCAUCUCCCGAGUUGAGAUGCAUCCUUAUAGCCAGACUGUCGAAUUAUUUAGGACAAGGAGUGCCGGUCUUCGAGAUAGGCCUGGUCAUCGCGAAGGUUGGCGGGCAUGACGGGGUAUGGACGAGGUUGGGGUUGUUCAAUCAACCAAGAGAUCGUCCUGUGCCGCUCUUCCCUGAUAAUCCUGACGAAGUGGAACAAUUGACCCAUACCGUCGUCGUCGUAUAGUAUUGUACAUCGUACGUUGCACCUUGAC